AUGCCGACGAAUUGCACAAACCCACCGGACACGGUGCCGACCGACGCCGGCGUCGCGGGCACGGGAGUCCUCCUCAGUUUCAUCAUCACGGCCGUGAUCUCGCUGGCGCUGUCAGCGUCGCUGAUCAUCCAGGAGCAGUUCUUCCGCAACCGGGGCCGGCCGUCGGUGGUGCGGCGCAAGCUGCUCAACGCCUACUCGGACCAGCAGAUCAUGACGGGCAUCGGGAUCCAGGUGGUCGGGCUGGCGCAGAUGGACGCCGCCUUCAUGGCGCCGUACCACUUCUUCAUCAUCUGGAUGCUGUCGCUGCUGUCCAUGGCCGUGCACAACGCCACGCUGCUGGCCCUCGUCCACGACUUCCGCCGCGACUGGGUCCUGCGCUGGCUGCGCCAGUUCCUCAUGUUCGUCAACCUGGCCCUGAGCUGCGUCUACGGCAGCUUCAUGCUCGAGGCCGUCCAGCGCCACCUGACCGAGUCCACGGCCCCGAUCUCGUGCGUCUGGGACGACGCCACGCCCACCCCGGCCAACGACCCGACCAACAUCGGCCUGUCCUUCUUCGGCACCAUCGCCGUCAUCGCCGGCAACGCCGUCAUCUUCGCCAUGGCCACCUGGUACCUGCACUCGCGCGCGCAGCGCUUCUACCGCACCAUCCAGCUCGUGGGGCUGGUGCUGAUGGCGGCGAGCGCCAUCGGGGCGGCGGCGCGCGUGCUCAUGCUGUCGCAGGCCUUCGGGCAGCCCUCGGUGCCGCUGAGCGACGAGAACGAGAAGCACUGGAGCUUCGGCGCCUGGGUGUCGCUCGGCAUGCUGGCGCUGCCCGUCAUCUCCGUCAUCGAGAUCCUGCGCGGCGAGCUCCGCUACGCGCCGCCCGUGGCCGAUCAGGACGACAAGGCGGAGCUGCUGGGCCACUCGGGCAACGAGCUGCACACGUUCCAGCCGAACCCGUUCUGGGGGGACUCCAGUAACGCCUACAAGAAAUGA